GCUAUCGUUGUGUGAUCCGGAAAUGUAAGGUUCCCGAGCAAGAGGAUCUGAAAAUAUUCGUGUACAAACUAAAAUAUGGAUGAAACCCGAGGAGACCCUUCCGCGGAAGACAGUCCAAGCACUUUAACUCCGGUUUUGAGAAUAAGUCAGCUGGAUGCUUUUGAACUGGAUACCGCUCUGGAGCAGCUUGUUUGGUCACAGUUCAGCCAGUGUUUCCAGCAUUUCAAACCCGGACAUUUAACCCCCUUUGAACCGGAGCUGAAAGCACUCCUACAGCUCCUUCUGUGGAGGUUCACCGUCUAUUCCCGCAGUGCCACGGCGGGGCAGUCCCUGCUCAACAUCAGAUACAAAAACGAUCUCUCGCAGGCCCGGAGGUACCGGCCGAUGAGUCGGAGGCAGAAGCUGUGGUUUGCCCUGUGCGCCAUCGGAGAGAAGUGGCUCAAAGAGCGGUCUCACAGCCUGUUCCUCAACCGCCCCGCCGAGUCCGCCGUUCACAAAGCCCGCCGCGCGCUCGCGUUCCUCGACGGCUUCGCCAAAGUGGCCAGCCUCCUCAACUUCCUGGUUUUCCUUCAGAAGGGACGGUUUCCCACCCUGACCGAGCGGUUCCUGGGGGUGAGGGCGGUGUUCAGCCGGCCCCAGGGCGUCCGCGACGUCGGGUUCCAGUACGUGAACCGCGAGCUGCUCUGGCACGGCUUCGCCGAGUUCCUCAUCUUCCUCUUCCCCCUGGUCAACACGCGCAGACUGAAAGCGAGCGUGCGCUCUCUCUUCUCUCCCCCGGAAGGGCAGGGCGUGCCCGCGGAGGCCGCCCACUGCACCGAGUGUGCCCUCUGCGGCGAGUGGCCAACCAUGCCGCACACCGUGGGCUGCAGCCACGUCUUCUGCUACUACUGCGUGAAGAGCCACUCCAUAGCUGACAUGUACCUCUCGUGUCCGAAAUGCGGCACGGAGGUCAAGGGCCUGGAACCUGUGAAGAUGCAGAUUCAGCCUGUUUGAGGACACGUCUUGAUUUGGACCUUCAUCAGUGCAGUGUUUUGCUUUGUUGAAAAGCGGCCAUAAUGAUAUUAAUAUUUGUAAGCCUAUCAUGUGAAAUAAAAUGAACAGUUUAAAUAAAAGAUGUAGUGGUAUAAAUUGCACAUUUGUCAAUAAAUGUGAACGUGUUUUUCCAAUGGAAAAUGAGUUUUAAAAAUCUGAUUAAUUAAAAAAACAAAUGUAAAUGUAAAUUUACACCUUGUUUUCAGUUUCUAACAUGCAGUUGCAUGGAAAUCAUUGUAGCUCUUACGAAUCUUAAAAAAUAAAUGGACUAAAAUAUGA